UUAGUGUUUUCGCGUAGUUUAGCGAUUUGGGAAGCUCUAGGAAUUAGGUUUUUGGGUAGGAAAAUGAAAAAUUCGAAGUCUAUCCCCCGGAAAGUCGGACAAAAGAAGUCAAAGUUCGUGAGCACGUUUCUACGACAGCCAUGUAAAACGAGAUCAGGGCGAAGGUAUUCCCGACAUAGAGCCGGGUCGUCGGAAGAAAGCUUGCUGGGGUCUCUUGCCGCGAAAAAUCGAAAGAGGAAGCAAGUGUCGCGAAAACGAGGUCGUAAGAAGAAACGAAAAUAUAGGAAAUGUUACUCUUCGUCAUCGUCUAGCGGUGGAGGAUGUGAGUGCGAAAACUGCGUUCGCAGCGACGCUGAAGACAGCGACACAGUUCGUAGCCGACAUCGCGGAAUAGACUUGCUGUUCAAGAAAGAAAAACAGCCCAAGAAAAAACGUUCAAAUACCGCGGGAAAGAAAAAAGAAGCAAAAAAGAAUCGCAGCAAUGUUACAUGUUCGACUUGCCUGAGCGCGAAUUCACUUACAAAAAUAACAUCGAAAACACAGAAAGGUAAGAGACAGCAAAAGCGGAUGAAACGUAAAACCAAAGGAGCGAAUAAAAAUCUGAGCUUAUUGAGAUAUGUCCUAAGUAAAACGGGUUCCAAAUUGUUCAGUUCUGAUAGCACACUGCAUAAAAGAAUCCGAAAAAUUGAGCCGGAUACGCGUUGCGCUUGCUGUGGUGAGUUUUUCAUGACUUUAUCAGAACUUGAGCACCUUGUGCCGGAAGAUUUAUUCGACAACGGAGACAAAAGAUACAGAAAACAUAUCUCAAUGAAGCGUUUGAAGAGUAUCCUGCGCGCAAUGUCAGCUCGAAGAAAGAGUGUUGCGCCGAGCGGGAGUGCCGGGUGCAUAACGAAAUCAAUUGGGCAGCAAACUUCCAACACACCAAAAAAAAUGCUCCCGGAAACGCGUUCUCACGCGCAAAAAACACGCAGAAUCAUAAGAACCACUGGCAGACCAACACGUGGUAAAAGUGUUAGCUCAAUUUUAUUUCCAAGCACAGGGGCGAAGAGCGUAAAAAAAGUGAACCAAGUCGAGCCAACGGGCCAAGAUUUAAACACAUUGAUAAAAAGAAUCGUCGGGGGCAGAAAUAUGGCGCCGAUACCAAGCGCAAAAGCGUCGGAUAUCGAAUUACAAAUUGCGCUAGAGGCGGAGCUACAGGCCUCCCCUCCCCCUUCAUGCAGUCACCGUUUGCCUACUUUUAUCGUCAUGAUCAAAACAGCUAUCCGAGAUUUGAGACCGUUUAAAAUAACAUCCAUGGAAGCGAUUUCAAAGUACAUUGAGUUACGAUACAGAGUAAAAAACGAAAAUUUAUUGAAUUACAUCUUGGAGUGGAUGGUGGACAUGCGAGUAUUGCGCGCAUGGUCAGGUCAUUAUUACUUCACAAAGUCAAGACUUGUUAAGAAGACAACAGUUGCUGUUCUGGGAAAGGGUGCCGGGAAACAUGGAAAAAAUAAAAAGCUAAAAAAGGUUACUUCGAAACAGAAAAAAAAGAACGCAAAAAAGCUUUGGAAAAAGGGGUUUAAGCAAUGUAACGUGCACAAAAAUGGGGUUCAGUUCGCGCAGAAGGGGCGCGGAAAAAAGGGAAAACAAAUAGACGAGUCGGAGCUUGACGACGAACAAAAUAAUGCGCCAAAGUCGCGCAAAAAUAAACAUAAAAAAGGUAAAAAAAGUGGACGCAAACAGAAGAAAAACAAAGAUAAAAAGACAAAAUGCACUUGCACAAAAGAGCUGACAUCAGCAAAAAAUAGAGUUAAACUAAAAACGAGAUAUGUCCGCAGGAGAGGAAAGAUUUACAGAGAAGAGGAGUUUGUGUAAUUUUUUUUAUGUGGGGGGGGGGGGGAACAAAAAUUUGUUGCAAUUUAUCUUGUAUGUUUUAUUUGUGGAUUUUUCUAUUAUUUC